UACACGUUCGCUGUGUGAGUGGUCGGUGCGAUCGGGCGUUUUUCCAAAACGAUCACUACCAAUUUUCUUUCAAGUUUUGAAAUUUUCUGACAGGAACUGUGAAGACCCCAACUCUUUUACAAAUUUUUCUUUUCAGACGAAUGUUUCAUAAAGAUGCAAAAAUUGUUUCUUGCACGUAACACUAAUCGCGUUCGUAUCUUAGAGAUGAUACAAAGUGGGUUUCCUUAAGCAGAACUUUAUCAACUCAUUUGACACUUGAUUCGUUGGUACUGGUGGCAUGAUGUAACAUCGGUGUUAGAGAAAAUUCUAAACAAAAUGUCACAGGGUGGCAGUGAAAAUUGAGCGGGUUUUUUUCUUAAAGAAAAAGUUUCGGCGACGGACGCGAAAUGGGAACUCUGAGUGGAAUGCUCAACGAGCUUCAAAUCACGCUCCCGAGUGAUAAAACAUGGAGGACCGUCAAUUAUUUCAAACUUGUUGAGCAGCAGCGGCUUCUUAAUCAAUUAAAGAAGGAAGCGGCGGAAAGCGGGGAGGUGAUACCGAGAGCCGUGUCGCCGGAAAAGGCGUCCCUGCUGGGGAAAUGGGUGGAUAGGGACAUGAUCGCGAGCAGCAAGCGGCCGGGGCUGGAGGGUGGGGGCGGGGGCGAGCUGCGGCUGAGCCGGCACCUGGCCCGGAUCAGCCAGGACACCGUCUGGACCCCAAACGAGCUCAUCAUCGGCUCCAUCAUCCUGGCGCACCAGCCCCCCGACGGCGACCCCCCCAAAGCCACCCCCUCCUCCACCGCCGCCCGCUUCGCCGACGAGAGGCAGAUGCGACGCGUCUUCACCUUGCUCUACGACGUUUUCAGAUAUAAAAAUAUUCUGUCUGAGGUCUUAGAGAAUGUACAAUUUUUUGAUAAGCAUCCAGAGUACGAAAAAGAAUGUUGCCUGGUAUGGCUGCUCUGCUACGAUCUGCUGAAGCGGAACUUCAAGCCGCGGGACUUGAAGACCCUGAUGGAGGACAAGCGGCUGGCGGGGACCCAGACGAAGGCCAUCGACGACUGUCUGUGGCGCUACAGGGUUCAUCUGGGAGCCUCCGUGGCCAGGAUCCGAAUAAAAAACAAUGCCAUCCAUCUCUCGCACCUCCUGCCCGCUCAUCUCCAGGACAACCGUCUCGGCAACACCCUUUCUCCCUUCGUUUCCGGCUGGAUCAACUACAACAAAUCCGACCUAGAAACAAUCAUAAGAUGUUUGGAAGAGUCAGGAUUCAGGCAUUUGUCUGCAGGAGAGGACGUUCUGACAGACGAAACCUUCCGAAUGGAUCACAUUCUCCCGCUGUACAUCUCAAUCAAGCCGACGAACAAAGAUCACUUCCAAGGCCUCUUUUUCACGAAACAAAACCAUAUCGUCAUUCAGGAUCGUUCAUUUUGUGUGGGUGCCGCCAUGGUUCAGAACAUCGUCAAAGAGCUUGAUGUGAGGGGUUCAAUAGCUCAAACUCACAUCAACACAAUCAGAACAACUUGCUACUUAGCAAACCUCCUGGCCAUAGACGACAGGAAAGAAAAACUCCUCGUUUUUGCAUCGGAUAACAAGGUGGAGGAGUACGAAGAUUACCUGAGUGGGCUGGGGGUGAAGAACGUGGAGUUGCACGCGGGGAGCUUCAGCGGUCUCAUCUCGGACCCGAGCAACAUCCUGGAGAACGUCGUCGGAGUCCUGGCCACCCCGCCCAACACCUACUACGGCGUCGUCGACCCUGUGGACCUCGUCUGCUCCAGAGGCGGCGACCUCCAACUCCUCAAGAACCUCACCCAAGGACAUCCCCAAGACGCCCACGGAGAGGCACUCCAGAACAUCAACGAGAUCCUCCAGGAACAACAGAGAACGCUCCUUGUCGCCAUGACCAAGCCCCAGAUCCAGUUCAUCGUGUACGAAACGCAUUCGCAGUACGAAAAGGAAAACCGAGAAAUGGUGACCCGGCUCUUGAACGAGUUGAACGCAUACGCGAACGAAAAGUUCGGGGAGAACGAGAAGAAGAAAGUGGAGCAGAAAGCAGCCGAGGAGGAGGAGAGACGGAGAGAGGCGGAGGGACUGGAGGCGGAUGAGGAGGAGGAUAAAGCACAAAUGGAGGAUAUCGAGAUCGACGCUCAGGAAAAUGACGGACAGGAUAGGGACGAAAAGCUCAGCCCCGAGCGUCCAGCGUCUACCUCCGAGAACAUGGCUCCAGACUGUGAUCUUUUCGAGUUCGGGUUGAUCCCAGACCUCUGCGAUGAGCAUGAAAAUUGUUGGCGAAUGGAGGAUUUUGGCCUUUUUGUUGCGUUUAUCAAACGGAAGGAGAUAAUAUCCCUGGACCCGCAAUACAUGAUCAAGUUCGCGGAGCAGCGAGGGUUGUUCAGUCAGGUGGAGGCGAUGAAGCGCCAGUCGACGCAGCCGCGGAAGAAGGCCGAGAACGAGAAGUCAAGCGCCGGCGGCGAGAGGGAGGUGGAGCACGAACGGACGCCCUCGGCCACGAUCCAGAGCCUCAUGAAGCAGCAGCUCACCCGCAUCGCCGCACCCACCCAGGCCUCUGUCCUCCACGCAGCCACCUGCCAGCUACAGGGGAAGGAGCAGGUGUGCUCGCGGUACUCCUCGCACGCGAACACGGACGCGCUGGAGGACGAGCCGCGGGCGGGCGGCUCCUCGUUCCUCAUGCUCCGGGACGGGCGGCGCUGGUGGAGGGUGGUCAUCAAGCUGGUUCUUCGCCGGCUCCGGGAGGCCCGCGGCGGGGUCUUCGCGAGGGCCCGGCUCCGACUCCGCCGCGGCAGGGACGUCCCGCUCAAGCUGGCCCGCACCAAGGAGCUCUUCAAGAAGAUGUCCACCUCGGCGCCCCGCAACCGCUACCCCUACCCGCUCCACAUCAACUCCAUCGAGUUCGCCCACCAACCGCCCCCGCUCCCGCUCCGGGACGACUUCUCCUCCUGCUUCGACCUCGCCGUCCCUCGCGGCAGCGAGUUCGGGUCGUCCCUUCAACGCUGCCUCCCUGUCCGACACUCCAUUUAGAGCAGGUCCUUCCACGACUUCUCCUCCUGCUUCGACCUCGCCGUCCCUCGCGGCAGCGAGUUCGGGUCGUCCCUUCAACGCUGCCUCCCUGUCCGACACUCCAUUUAGAGGUCCUUCCCAGCAGAGAUGGAAAAUGAAAAAGGCUCGAAUAAAUUUCACAA